AUGUCGGACGACAGAGAUGCCCAGGACUAUCUGCGCCUGAUCUGGUUCUUCGAGAGCGUCCUCAGCCACGUCGAAAGAGGCGCCGACUAUAUACCGUCACAGUUGCAGCCGCUGCCGACUGUGCAGCCUCGAGAAUACGGGGCACCAGCGGCCACACAGAAUCCAUACGAUGCCUGGAGCCACCAAUGCACUCUCUCUGCCGCCGCACCAAGCAGCCAUUGUCUGCAGGGCCGCGCCGUGACCAUCAAAGAUAACAUUUGCGUGCAAGGCCUGCCGGCAACACUUGGAGCGCCGGCCCCGAUCCUUUCCAACCAGAACAAAUACCCCGUGUCCCCCAUUGAUGCCACUGUCGUCUCUCGUGUUCUGGCCGCGGGCGGAACCAUCAAAGGCACGUCCACGUGUGACACGGCUCUCGAACCUUAG